GCAAUACUUUUAGCGGGUUAAAAUUACUGGAGGACUGUGACGUCUGUACAUUUUGAAUUUAUAUAAUUUUCUUUUAAGUAAGCUUUUGUUUUCAGCAUGUUUUGAAAUAACAAGACUUUGCUAGAACAAGAGGUCUGUGCUGGACAUUUUUUAUAGUAGUGAUAUCAUGAUGUCACCUUACCUCCAUUUGGCCAUUCUAUUUAAGUUUCCCAACUGCUCCAGCUCUACCUCUAUGGGUCUUUCGCCUCUUCCCAUGUAGUUCCUGCUCCUUCCCCUGGCUGUGUUUCCUCCAAGACUCUAGUAUUCUCCCCCCUGUCUUUUUGUGUGCUUCUCUGAAAUCUCAUUUCAUCCUGAUGUCCUCCAAAGUUAGUGAGAGCUAGUUGUCUGUAAACAUCUUAUGUUCUUUGCAUGGUAGCCUAUUUAAUGUUUUAAUAAAAUAGUGCUAGGAACAUAAUGAUGAGCUUUGAUACAAUUUCUGGUCUCUCUAAAGAGCAAGAAAAUAGAAUCAUUCACCUCUCCAGACGGGUAAGAGGCUAGAAGUCAGAGGAACCACUAUGCAUGUGGCAUUUCAAUGACCAGCUAUAAUCUUAAUUUUCUGUAUUGUAUUUUAAAUAUAGCAGUGGGAAAUGGCUAGACUGGUCAGUUUGCUGGAUCUGAAGGUUUUAGCUGCAGAAGUAGAGCUUUCUUUGUUCAUCUGCUGUGUGUACUUUCUAGUAAUGCCAUUAUAGCCUGUCACAGAUGUGACUGAGAUCCUCAUUGUUUCCUGUUAAGGUUUCUUUGUUGCCCUCGUUGUUCUCAGUAGGAAAUCUAGUGUACUGGUUAAAACCCUAAUAUGAAUGUUCUUCUGUCAGCAUGAGCAUGAUUUGAUAAAAUGGUUCUGACGUCUCUUAAAUCUUGAGCAUUUCCAAUUUAUUUUAAGGAAGAUUUGAGAAAAUUAAUUAUUCAGACAAGAAAAAUAUUGAGACUGAUUUGAACAACUGACUAAUGUUUCUACAUAAUGUAAAAUUGCAUUUAAAUUGAAUGUAAUUAUAUUUUGUUAAAGUAGUUUACACUGGCUUACUUAAAAUAUAACCUACUGACCUAUUUGAUAUCUUAAACACCUAAUUUGAUCUUGGUCUUUUGUCAAAGUUGCACUACACGAUUUUCCAGUAAUGCCCGCAUGGAGAUGAACCAAAGGUAACUUAAAGUAGCUUCCUUUGUUUCAAAAAGGCAUGGGAUCUGGAAAGUUUUUUACACAAGAAAAUAGUGAAGGAGUGACUUAUACCAAAUGGUAACCUAAUAUUUAAAAUAACAUAAAAGUUAGGUCAUCCACCUGCACUAAUGUGCAUUUGUGUUACAGAACAAUAAAUAUGCUACUUGUAUUAUACUACCAUAGUUCCCCUCAGUUCAUCGUGCCUGUAUUUUGACUACAUCAUAUGUCCCUUUUGCCAAAAUAAGCAUUUCUGUCACCAGGUACAAAGUGUCUGUCUGUCUCACUGUGACAGUGCUUGAACUAAAGGCUAGCAAAGUGAUGCUGCUUGCAUUUAAGGUCAGUGCCUAUGACUAGGUAAACCAGCCUGGCUUCUUAUUUUUCUUACAGAUGUUUAAUAUGCUUAACAUUAUCCAAUACCAGCAACUGAGAUAGUCUAAAUACCACAGCAGGGACUGAUUAGCUUUUUCAGAUCACUGCCUUUAUUUGCUAUUUGCAAAGAAGCUUAAUCCAGUGCUGGAGACCAGGCUUCCUGCUGUGCACUUGGGUAGCUUUCUCUCAUUCUUUGUGUUCACAAUGGCAGAAAUUAGUGAGAAGACUUCUCCUGCCUCAGAAUUUAAAACUUCAAAAUAGUAAUGAUAGUAGCUGUUCUUGUGGGUGUUUAAUGGACAUUGUAAAGAGAUUGUAUUUGGUUGGAUUUUUGGUUUGCAGUUUUCUAAAUUCAUCUGCUGCUAUCCCCAGAAGGGUUAGGUGCAGAAAUACAUGCAGUGUUGGAUUUUGCACUAGAUGAUAUAUACUUUAUAUCGGUAAAUCUGGACAUCUGAUAAACUUUUGUCUUACAGCAUGAUGAUGUGUGGAUUCAUUUAUUUUCCUGAAACAUCUUAAAAUUCAAAUGCAACUUGGAAAAUGCCUGAAAUUAACCAUCCUAAUAAUAAACUAUUUGUAUUCUGAGUGCCCUCUAAACCACAGCAAAUGGUCUCAAAUAGAUUUCCUCAGCCUGUGAGAAUAGACAAACAGAUACUUCAGCUUGAUUUUCAGUAUUGCUUAUCUGCUCGUUGAAUGGAACUGAAAGUCAUUUAAUAUACUUGUGCCUCAGCCUUGAUUCAUCUGAAUUGGGCUUUCCUGUGUAAAGUUACUAAAAACAAAGGCCAUGAUUUGAAAGUCUGAGUUUUGGUCUGCUUUCUUACCAAACACCAAAACUAGACACUGGGCUGUUUGUAGGAUCCAAUUAUUUGGGGGAGGGGAGAAGGGGACAAGUGAGUAUUCUGAGGCCCAUGCCCCCUGGAUGUAGCUUUUUUUUCUUUAAAGAAAAAGGUGACCAGGUGCUAGUUAGACCCAUGGAAAAUCUUGGGUCUUAGGAGUUUAAAAAAGUAUAAUUAGGCCGCAGUAUCAGUAUUUACAGUGAUUUAUAAUUUAUAUGAAAGAAGACUUUCCAAUCUUCUACUGUUCCAUUCUUUAACAUUGGAUAGCUUUGUACAUAUUUUGGCCUUUAAGACAAUAACUUGAGGCCCCUUGAAGGUCAGUUGGUGGGGGAAAUGUAUCCUUUGCCUCCCUGGUAGCAACAUGACAACGGCCAUGUGCUAAAUGUAGUAAAUUGCAGAUCUUUUAUUAAUAGAAAUUUGUUUUGGACAUUUUCUUUUAGCUUGGAAACAUUCUGCCUCCACAAGGAAGAAAUAUUUUAAAACAUGCUUACCUAGUGACUUAACUUCCAAAACAUUUAUUUAGAUCAUCUAUACAUGCUGCAGGAAACCAGGGAGAUUUCUGCUUCAAGUGUAAAUCUGUAGAAUAAGAUUUUCUAAUUACAAAAGCAUGAACGUUGACGACUGCAACAAGUAAAUUUAUUAUUGCAGUGGUGCUAUCACAGUUCCUCUUUCCUUUAUUUAGGUUCUAAUGCCAUUAGUUAGAAAAAUCCCAUAUUUGAGGCUUGAAAUUGAUAUUUUUGCAGUUAAUAAUUUAUCAAAAAAUUUUCCAUUGAAACUGAAAUACUCUAAACAUUGUAUUUGGUUUUAGUUGUGUAUAAACACAAGUUCAUCAGGCUUAUUGGUACAUAAAUAAAAAUAAAGUUUCAGGAAAUUCAGAGUGCUUUUGAAUGUAUUUAUGUAUAAUAUUGGCUCCUUAACUUACCUCCUGUUGCACUGCAUCGAUGAUGAUUUAUUUUAUUAACAGGAAAAAGAGAAUACACACGAUCACUGCUGUGAUAUUUCUAUAUUUUUAAUUUUCCUAGCAAAAGCUACAAGAUUUUUGUAAUAGACUUGGCUAUAUCCUUUAGGUUUUGUUUUUUAUAGAAACUUACAACUUUUACUACUUAAAAAUAAUUCCUUUCUUUGUUUCAUGUAUUAGAAACAAUGAGGAAAAUCUGAAGUCUGCCCAAGCCAGGUGUUUCUUGUUGGCAGCCUGCUCCCUAAUGACUCUGGCGCUCAUACAGCAGCUGCCUGCUAGUCUCCUUUGUAUGGCCUAUUGUUGCUGCACACCCCUCGUUAAUACACAUGCUGCCUGGGGCAGACCCUGAGAAUGACAUCAACUUGCUUAUCUUAGAAACCUACAAACCUGAUGCAGGGUGGGGAGGUUGCCUUGCAUCUGCCUGGCCAACUAAUUGUGAAUUCUCUGGCCUAUGAUUGGCUGUUGUUCCACUCAGUAAUAGGUUAAGCAAAGACAUUGCCAUUCCAUCUGUUCAACCAUUCAUUGUUCUGCUUGCUUGCCUGGAAGUCUGCAGCUGAAAUCGUGUUAAGGAGUUGCUUCUGGAACUGCUACAAGAAACCAAUGUCUCUGUGUUUUCCAGCUAACGUAAGUAUUUGGACUACUCUCUGCAGGAAUUGAAAAGUUUCACCAUUCUAACACUUCAGUACAUCUUCUGCGUUCUGAACAAAAUAAAUAGCCAUACACAUCACAAAAUCUCCAAAUUUUGGGGGUGUCUUAAAAAGAGAGAGAGAGAGAGAGAGAGAGAGAGAGAGAGAGAGAGAAUUUUCAUCUGAAAAAUAAUUGCGUGAAAGGGUGAUCUUUAACUUGAUACAUUCUGGAAGGAACUUGUAGGGGCAUCAAUAAUGUAUUGCUGGGGAUUGGAAAUGACAGUCAGAACUCUUCAGGAGAACUAGAUUUUCUGCACCCUUUGGGUGACUUCGACUUGAGUUUCAAUGUUUUAUCCCUUGUAAAUAUGCUAUAAUUGAUACUACUUUUUCCAAAGGAAAAAACUAUUUUAUAGAUUUGCCCAUUUUACUGAAUUAUGGUGAAAUUUAAAACAUUUGCUAAGAUUAGGAGGAACAUCACGUGGGGACAAUGUGUGAACUUAAAGGGAUGGAUUUAGGGCAGGGUAUAACAUUAGUUCUUUGGGGCUACUCUCAGGUGGUAACAUGAUCCAUUCAAAGCCUCUGUGCUUUCAAAGUCAUUUCUACGUUUAUAAAAUUAGCCAACACAUUAUUGUGCAGUUUUUAAUCUAUUUUGUUUUAUAUUUUGGGUUCAGAUAUUAGGUUGAAGAACACAUACAAUGUACGCUCCAUGAACCAGUGUUCCAAGGAUCCUCUAAAGAAAAAACACUACAAAGACCUUCAUAUACCAGUUGGGAGGGAAAGAGGGCACAUAAAAGGGUUAAAAAGAGGUUUGCAUUUCUACCACAUGCCCUAUUGUGUGAACAUAUGCAUAAGUCUAUUGAAAGUUUUCAGAAGAUGGGCAGGCCACCAGUUGCUGGUCUCCUGCAGUUCCAGUAGACAUCUGUUGCCCCAGAGCAUUAACCAAUCUGUUCAAUGGGACAUCUUUCCUUUGUUAGAUAGAGUGAUGCAGACAACAGUACUCCUUGAAAUACAAUGGUAAUUAAACAUACAGAAACUACUGCAGGAGGUAUUUAUUACAUAUUCAUUAUUUUAUUUGCAUUGUUGCAAUAUCCUUGCCAUUUGGGAAGCUAGGACAUUUGUUUCUAUAUUGGUAGUCUGAAAUUCUGUAUGACAAACAGUUGUGGUUUUUUAACAAGCUGUGGUCUAAAUAUUUACUGCUUGCUGUUUAGAAGAUCUAGGAAUAAUUUAAGUAUUGUGUAAAAAACCAAACUUUUUCCACUGUUGUAGGAUUUGUCUUUAAAAAAUUGGAAGCUCUUUUAAGAACACAUGCCAUUGCUAUUAUAAAAAUUAUGUCAUAACACGCUGUUUCACUUACUGCUUUUUGUGCCAAGUAAAGUUUGCAUUAAACUAUUUUGAAUUUCAGCUGUAAUUGGACAACUUUCGUAAUAUUAAAAGUUUAGAUCUAUUUGCACAUGACCUCUUGAACAGUAGAAAUGUCUAGUUCAAAAUUAAUGUUGGUAGUUAGUGGAAAAUGGUUUUGCUACUGAAUUUGAAGAACAGUAGAUGGAAAAAGGUUGCAAUUCUGUAACAUAAUGGCAUUGUAUUCCUCCACAGUGUUAAAUAUAAACACCUGACUUAACAAGUGUGUUUAAUAAAUGGGCGUAGUAUUUGAUGAUGAUAGUAAUCUAUAAUAAUAGAGCAUGUUUAAAAUAUGAAGCCACAUUUGGUUUUAUAGCUUUCGGGGAGGAGGAUUAUGGUUUGCAGGUUUUUUGGUGUAAAGAGUAUAAGUACAUAUGUAUUUAUAAGUUAAGAACCCUUCCUUUUCAGUGUAAUGAUUGGAUCGUUGUUUAUCAUACAGAAUAGCCAAUGGAGAUUACCUAUUUUAUAUUUAAAAUUUUUAUAAAUUCAAAAACUAUUGUUUAGUAGUUUUAUUGAAAGCAUAAGAACUAAGUACAAUAAUUUAGUUAAAAGGUUUAUUUCUUUGGUCACUAAUUUUGUGUUGAUACACUUUAUUUUUAUUUUAUAUAUAAUAAGUGUAUCAACACAUAUAUGGCACUCAAAAUAGUUCAUAGCAAGUAAUUUCAUCUAGAUUACAUGAUAUCUGUAAAGUUUUCUUAUAAACCAUGGUCUCAAUAUAAGAGUUUUAUUGUAAAUGAUACACAGAGAGCUGUUACGUUUUUAUGUUACUCCUUGAACAAAUUCAUUCUCUUUAUUUCUUGUGGGCUUCAUUAUGCUGUCAACAGAUGCAUUAACAUUUGACUGAAAGAACCAAAAAUAAUUUAGGUUAGUUUGCUCAGGUAGAGUGACUGGCAUUUCUCCCUUCACUAUCUAGCUCAAAGUAAAAUAAACUCUAUUAGGAUUUAAUUAUAUCUAAUUUUCAUUGUUAUAGUCAAUGAGUAUUGCAUCGGACUUUGUGUUGGGAGCUCCCAAGCCUAACAUUCUAAGGAGGUGCUGCAGCAGAUUAUUUGCUGCCUAUCACAGAUGUUGUAGAAUUUGUCUGAACAUACAUAAAACUUGCAUGCAGGUCUGACAGUGAGAAUGGUAUGUUGCUUAUGCAAAACUUAAAGAUAAUAUUUCAGAAUCCUUAUGCUUUGUGGUUGUAGUGGAUUCAUAUAUUAAAGCGCUAGUUAAAAUAACAAUAGUAUGCUUAAGUCAAUUAAAUACUAUUUGUGUGGGCUUUGAAAGCUGCAACUGCUGUAGUAUCUUCUUUUGAAGAAGAGAAGGUUACUCAUCCAGUGCAGUAACUGAGGUUCUUUGAACUAUGUGUCGUUUUGAAAGAAUAUUAUGUUUAUAGUUAAGAUAAAACUUUAAGAAGAAACAAUUAGAAUAUGACAUCAGGAAAUAACAACAAUACAUUAAUCUUAACUAAUUUAAAUGCAUGUCCAGAUAGGUUUAUGCUGUUCUGAUAGCGUCCAAAAGAAAAUUACUACUUUUUAGUUCAGUGCUAAAAUGGUAUUUCGCAGUACAUGGAUUUGGGCAGUGACCCAUUAUCUUGGUGUAUUCUAUUAGGGCAAUACAUGAGCUGACCCAACUUUUCACUCCAGCUUAAAAAUGUUGCCCAUUAAAUAUACUUCCUCUAGUCAGAGCAGAUUGUGGGGUUUAUGGAACAAUGAUGUCGGAGCGUCCAGAUUGGUUUGGCAGCUGCAUUAUUCUCGGAGGGUAAACCAGACGCACUUAAGUCCCAGUCUUUUUCGUAGGCUUUUGUUCAUACCAAAUUAUUCUUUCAAUGUGCUAGCAUUCAUGAUGGCAUGUUAAAGGAGUGCAUCCUAGCAACUAAAGGCUGGUUGCUAGGCAGCCUAGCUUCCAAUAGGUUUUUCUUGUUUAAGAUACUUUUUCGUGGCAGUUCUAUGAAGGCCACAGUGUGGGUUUUUAACUGUAUCCUUUUAUUGAGAUACUGUUGUGAUUUGUUCCUGGCACUAGGCUAUCCAGUGUAUUACAGUAGUUAAUAAAUCACCAAGUGUAAAGGUUCACUUCCUAAAUUCCCUUUGUAUUUAAUCUGCAGUAUUGCUUGAACUCAUAAAGAUCCCUAUAAAGAAAAUGAACAUUGACUGACAUACUUCAAGAGACAGCAUCACAAUCGCUCUGCCUUUUAACUAAAUCAGGUCUAUACAGAAAAAUAUUUUCUACUUCUAUCAGUCUAAACUAGAUUAAAGUGCUGGAAAAAAAUUCUCUUUGGUUACAAACCAAAAAUGGAAUACGGGACACUUUAUAUUCAAGAAUACAGGAAAAACAGCAAAGUGGAGUCGAGUACAUGCAGCAGCUUCAUGGGCUUGAAGGAUCAUCUGGGCCAUGACUUAGGCCAUCUUUAUGUGGAGAGAACUGACACACAAAUAAAUGCAGUUGGAUCUUGGUCAAUGGUGGAGAAACCAACAAUGGAUAAAGUUAACUCUAGGAAGGAAGAUGCAGAUAAAGAGGCAUCUGAGGAGACUGGGAGCUCCAGUUGUGAUUCAGAAGAAAGCACAAAUUCUGAUAACGAGUCAGAGAGACUGAAUAACAUUACAGCAGAAUCACAUCUACUACCUAAGACUCACCGACAACUGUGCAGGUCUCCCUGCUUACAGCCCCACGUACAAAAACGUUAUGAAAUCUUACAAGAUCUUAAAAUAGAGGAGGCCCAGAUAGUAUCUAAGGAAGUAAAGAAACCCCCUGAUGUGGUAAAGGAAUAUCAAACUAAACUGGAGUUUGCACUUAAGUUAGGUUACUCUGAAGAACAGGUUCAACUUGUGCUAAAUAAGCUUGGCACUGAUGCUUUAAUCAACGAUAUUUUGGGAGAACUUGUCAAACUUGGAAAUAAAACUGAGACUGACCAGCCUGUAAAUAAUGUUAACACGAACGUAAUGCGUGAAGCAUCUUCUAUAGAGUCUCAGAGGUCUGAGUCUCCACUUCAGGAGGAUGUGUCUGAAGAUGGAGAUAACCUGAGGCCAAUAGUUAUUGAUGGCAGCAAUGUGGCAAUGAGCCAUGGGAACAAAGAAGUAUUUUCUUGUAGAGGAAUAAAAUUGGCAGUAGACUGGUUUUUGGAAAGACGCCACAAAGAUGUUACAGUGUUUGUGCCAGCAUGGAGAAAAGAACAGUCAAGACCUGAUGCUCUUAUCACAGAUCAAGAAAUCCUGCGCAAGUUAGAAAAAGAGAAAAUUCUGGUGUUUACGCCAUCCCGUCGUGUGCAGGGGAGAAGGGUGGUAUGCUAUGAUGACAGAUUCAUAGUGAAGCUGGCCUUUGAGUCAGAUGGUAUCAUUGUGUCUAAUGAUAACUACAGGGAUCUAGCUAAUGAAAAGCCAGAAUGGAAGAAGUUCAUAGAUGAGCGAUUGUUGAUGUAUUCAUUUGUCAAUGACAAGUUCAUGCCUCCUGAUGAUCCUCUUGGCCGUCAUGGCCCAAGCCUUGACAAUUUUCUAAGGAAGAAACCUAUUGUACCGGAACAUAAGAAGCAACCAUGUCCAUAUGGAAAGAAAUGUACCUAUGGACACAAAUGCAAAUACUACCACCCAGAAAGAGGAAAUCAACCUCAGCGGUCUGUAGCUGAUGAACUUCGAGCCAUGUCUAGAAGCACAGCUGCCAAAGCUGCAAGUGAAGGAGGAGGACUGGUAAAAAGCAACAGUGUUCCUUGUAGCACUAAGAUUGAUGGCACUUCUGAUCUCAAACGUGCUGCUCCAAAGAGGCAAUCAGAUCCUAGUAUAAGGACUCAAGUCUACCAAGACUUGGAGGAAAAGCUUCCCACCAAAAACAAAUUGGAAACCAGGUCUGUUCCUUCUUUAGUUAGUAUACCGAAUUCUUCAGUUGUAAAACCCCAAAGUACUGCACCUUUAAGCAACGGCCUUCCAUCCGGGGUUCAUUUCCCACCUCAGGAUCAAAGACUACAGGGACAAUAUCCUCCAAUGAUGAUGGCAACCAAAAAUCAUGGAACGCCAAUGUCUUAUGACCAGUAUCCAAAAUGUGAGUCUCCUGUGGAUGUAGGCUACUACUCUAUGCUGAACGCUUAUUCAAAUCUAAGUAUGUCUGGUCCACGCAGUCCUGAAAGACGUUUCUCCUUAGACACAGAUUAUAGGAUUAGCUCUGUAGCUUCUGAUUGUAGCAGUGAAGGUAGUAUGAGCUGUGGUAGUAGCGAUUCCUAUGUGGGUUACAAUGAUCGGUCUUACAUGAGUUCACCUGACCCACAAUUAGAAGAGAACUUAAAGUGCCAACACGUGCACCCACAUAGCCGCCUUAAUUCACAGCCCUUCCUGCAGAGUUACCAUGAUCCUUUAACAAGAGUGCAAAGUUACAGUCAUGAAGAACCAAAGCAUCAUCACAAACCUCCUACUCCAUACAUGUCUGUACAUCUACAGCAUUCUACAGUUGGUGCUCGUUCUAGUUGCCCUAAUGACUACUCUGCUCUUCAAAGUUUGCAACAUUCAAAGACCAUGCAUCUGGGGAGGGCCCUUGUAUCCACAAGAAUAGAUAGCAUUUCAGACUCACGUUUAUAUGAUAAUUCUCCAUUAAGACAAAGAAAGCCUUAUUCCAGCCAAGAUGGGCUUGGAAGUUGGGAUAGGCAGAGUUAUGGGAUUGAUGCAUACGGCUAUCGUCAGACUUACUCCUUGCCUAGUAACCCAACUCAGCCAUGUUACGAGCAGUUCGCCUUCCAAAGUUUACCUGAGCAGCAAGACCAGACUUGGUGCAUACCUUACUGUGGAAUCCCUCAAGACCCUCCAAGGUAUCAGGACACACGGGAGAAGGUUUAUAUAAACUUAUGCAAUAUCUUCCCUCCUGAUCUUGUGAGAAUUGUUAUGAAAAGGAAUCCUCACAUGACAGAUGCUCAGCAACUUGCUGCAGCCAUUUUAGUGGAAAAAUCCCAGCUAGGUUAUUGAAAGAUGAUGAUGCAUCUUUGUGGUGUAUAGUAGUUUUCAGUUCAGCUCUAAUGCUGAGGGCGGUUUGCUACAAUAGCAUAUGUGAUCUCCUUCUCAGCAAGGAGAUUAUAUAGUAAUCCAUUUAUGUGAAAAUACAGUAUCAUGGAAUCUCUAUGUAUAGCCCCAUGCAUUGGAAGUAACAGGUUUGUUUUACAUACUAACUUGAAAUUUUUAAAUGGUUUUAAGCUACGUUCAUGACUGAAAUCUUUCCAGUCUAAGUUUAAUAUGUGUGUGUAUAUGUUAUCUGUGGUCUCCGGUAAUAAUCUUUGGUGCAUCAGGGGUUUAUAUGCAGCACUUUCUAUCUCUUUGUUACAUGUUUUAUUAACUUACUGGAUGUGUGUCCUCAGCUGCAAGGCAUUAAAAGAAUCUACAGAAAGUUGAAAGAAUUUUAAUAGACCUGGCAAACAAUUUUCAAACCAAGCUUAAUUUGAACUUUUAACAGCAAUUAAUUUAUUAUUAUUAUUAUUUAUUUAUUUUGUGGACUUCUUUGUGCUAUAAUCAUUUAUUUAUAGAAAACAAAGGUUUACUAUGGCACUGACUUUAUUUUUUAAAUAAAAUAUUAAGUUACCAGUUAAAGUUGAAAUGGGUAACGGUAUAUUAGUAAUUUACAGUAUAGCACUUUUCAUUGCUCUUUUAAGAAUAGUUUUUAAUUAUUUGAUUCAGUUGGUUUAGUAAGAGCAGAUGCAAUCAAAAGUAAAGGAACUCAUUUCCAUUACUUUUCGGAUAAGGCAAAGCCUGGUGGUCUGAUUUGCAAAGAUGCUGAGCAUAUGCAACUCCCUUUGAACCCAGUAAAAGCUGCAGCUGCUCAGAACUGCCUAAAAUCAGGCCAUGAAUGUUUCAGUUCAGAUACGUUGUUAUCCAACUCUUUUGUGUGCUUCUGGUCAGUAGAAAUGGAACUGAAAGUUUAGGAUUCUAUGAAAUUGUUUUAUAUGCGUCUUUUUUAUUAUUUGUAUUUGUGCACAGGUAUACUGGAUAAAAUAUGCUUUUUCAUAAAAUAUUUACCUGUUUUUUAAAUGAAUCCAAGUAUUCUCAAUGCAGGUUUUGUAUUUAAGAUAUGUUCAAUUUUCUUGCUAUUUAUCAAGGCUGGCCUGAGAAGGUUGUAUGUGUUGAGGAUAUGCAACAUUUAUUAACUGCACUAUGGUAAUGGUAUUGUAGCUGAAAAUGAUAACUUAAACCUUUUUGUAAGAUACUGUAUAUGUUCCAGAAGUUAGUUUUUGGCCUGUUGUAUUAUGUAGGCCUAAUUCUUGCCACAAAUAGUAUAACUGUAGAAACAGAUUAAAAUAGUCUGUUCUAGUAUUAGUAAGGGAUAUUUCUGGUUUUAAGACAUGGGUUUUACUAUUGCUUCAAACUUUUUUUUUAUACAGGGUUUGCAAUCCUUGACAGAGGGCUGUAUUUACAUGAAGUAGUCAGUUGCCUAUAGUUUUAGGAUUCCAUAUAGAGUAACGUUGUUCAUUGUUAGUUCACUGGUUUACAAUAUAAUUGAUGAUGAUUUUGAUACACUUGCUGCAAUUUAAAGUAAGGCCCCGAAGAACCAGAAAGUACCUAUACAGUUGAUACAAAUUGUAUCUUUUUUUUUUUAACUGAGAACUAUUUUGAUUUGUAGAUCUAGUUAAAACACAAAUGUGUAACUAUAAUUAGAAUUUUGGGCAACAUUUUAUCCCUUAUUUAAAACAAUAGAUUUCAAUCUAGUAUAGAGUUAGACAAAUAAAAAUACAGUAAUUUUUUUAGAUAAGUGUCUCAAUUUUAUAUUUUUAUAAUUUUGUUUUUAAAAAAGCUAUUGGCAUUUUCUUCCUUCUAAAACAUACCUAGUGUGAACUUACUAAAAUAAAGGUAAAAUGCUGCCUGAAAAUAAUGUCCAAGCACCUUUUGAAUAGGAAAACAUUUUCACUACUUGUGUGACACUGUGUGUUGCAAGAAGUAGGAUUAGGGUAUACAGUAAAUGCUUCUAAAAAGCAUUGAGCUUAUAGACUUAUUCAAUAAUCUGAACCAUGUUCAGCAAACUUAAUUCAGGAAGUGUUCUUCUCUACAGCUUUUACUGUUGAUUUUUUUGAGGUGGGAUCUGCAUUCAUGUGUCCCUUGUAACUCAAUACAGGUGGUGCUGUACAUAAGCUAUCCUGAGUUGUUUAGGGGGAGAACCUGUUUACCUGUGACAGUAUUUUUCCCCUUGGUUUUGUUGGUCACUAUCUGUAGAACAUGUUUUAAUGUAGAGGCUAGUAAAGUGCUGACACUGAGGUUAUAAACAGUGAGUCUUGUCUUAGUUGUACACUAAGAUAUUUUUUUAAAAUCAAAUUACACUUUUAAGUAGUACACCAUAGUGUAGGUGCAUCUGUUUUAAUAAUGAUUAUACUAGUGUUUUGUCUUUAAUGCAUUUCUACAUUUAUAUUUGUAUGUAUGAAUUAACUGCUACCAAAAGCGAAUUCCUUUAAACAUUUGAAGAGAUAUGUAUGUAAUAGAUGCAUUUCAUUUUUUUUAUUUUUUUCAGUCAGAAUGUCUCCUAAUAUAUGUAGCAAUUUGACGUAUAAUAUUAAAUUUUAUUAAAAUGGUGAGAGGAGUAACAUAGCACUGUAUGCUGCAGUGCACAGAUAAGAGCUAUCAGCAUUGGAUGCUUCCUUGUAUAUUUAAUACAGUAUUGAAUCAUUUUAAAGCAAGUUGAUUGCUAGAAGCAUUCUUAUACCAUGUCAAAUUGUGCUUUGUCCUAAAGCACUAAAAUUGCUUUACAAAAUGUAAGAACAGAAGUUAUUUGGCAGCUUUUAAUAUUGUGCAAUGAUAUGCUAGUUAAAUUCAAGCUUUGUUACACUGUGCGAAGGAAAAUUACUGCUGACAAAAUAUUGCCCAUUGGUAUUUCUCUCUUUGUGAGUAAUAAAAAGCAAAUGAGUAAUAUCUUCCAUGAGCUCAUCAUUCUGGAAGAGUUCACUCUAGAUAUUUAGAGAGAUGACACACCAGUAUGUAUAGGACACUGAUAAUACUGGUGAAACUUUACAUUUGAUUUAUAUUAAAUGCAUUGAUGCAAAUAGUAUAACUGUAAAAUAAGGUGUGAUUUAUAUAUAUUUAAGAAGUCAAACUGGGCUAUUGACUACUUGCCUUUGCUCAGUUUGAGUAAAAUGGCUUUCAUUUAUGGAUAAAGUAUUCCAAGAAAAACCUUACACCACCAUUAAAGAGAGGGGAACGUUUUACUUUGUCUGCAGUAUUUUUAGGAGAAUUAUUUUGAUGUAUUUACCAUAAAUUAUGUAUUUUAAAAAUACAACACUCUACUUUUAUAGAUGUACAGUAUUUUAUAUGGUACACAUAUUUCCAUAAUACAUCCACUCACAACUUUCAUUUAUCUAGCUAGAUUGUCAAUAUUAUCUUUUUAAACACAUCUCAAAGAUACCUUUUUUAAUGAGUUAAAUGUGCAUGGGCAGUUCUUUUCCCCCUAGUGUUUUAACUUCAGUGAAAUAACACCAAGACUGAGUUUGGCCCAUAUUUUAUAUCAAAGCCAGUCUUAACCACUGUUCCCACUGUGUAGGAUUUUAAAAAAAUUCUUCCUUUUAUCUUUAAAUCUCAGUUACCACCAACUACUAUUCUUCUGAGGUAAGAUCUUGUCUUUGCAGGUAACUUCUUUUGUCCACUAUGUCUAAAUUAAAAAAACAGACUAAACCCUAGCAAUUCUGAUGGCAGAGCUGAAAGUUUCACAUUCAGCCAAAUAAAAUAUUGUUCGGGUUUAGGGUGACUGCAGGUGGCACUCCCACUUGAAGGUCAGGAAGGUGAAUUGUUCCUAUGUUUUUGGCCCUUCUUGGAAGGUGUGAGUGGAUAUACAAAGAGAAGAGGGGAAUUGGGCCUUGGGGGUAGGAGAAGAAUAUCAUCUAAAAAUAAAGAUGUGGAUGAAAACAAGAGUAUCUUAUUUAGUCAAACCUAAAACCCUGCGGCCUUUACUUUAGGAAAGUGACAGACUUAUGAAGAAGCAUUCUUGGCUGGGAUGGUGGACGUGAAGGUUUUCAAGUCUAGGCACCACUAUCUCCACAGUAAACAAUUACCAGAACAUUUGUCAGGUGAAGACUUGAGCAAGAUGUUUUUGGUGUAUUAGGACUGAAAUUCUGACACACAGCUGCUAUAAUAUCAAAUGUUUAAAAAAAUACCCAAUUGACUUAAUAUCGCUAUCAGACAGGUAUAAUACUGUGCAAUUAAGAGACCAUUUUUAAAAAAAAAACUUAGUUUAGAUGUUUUUUGAUUUACAAUGUAAGUAAGUUAUUAUUGUUAAUUUAUUACUUGCAUUAUAAAGAUGAUGUGGAAUACUUUAUUACUAUAGAAGAAAAAUAUCAAAACAAAGCAAAUUUAUUGAUUAAAGCAAAGAUGUCCUUAAUGGCCAUGUUUUUGUUUUAAAGAGUUACGGUUUUUUAAAUGUUGGAUCUCACAUUUUAUGUAUUUUGUAAAUUAGAAAAAAUGGAAGCCAUAGUAUAGCAUAAGAAUUUUAUCUGAAUUAUAUAAAAUACACAUAGACAUUGUUUAGCUUGAAUAUGUAAAUAAUUCUAUAGUAAUCCAUUUUAAAUAACUGUUCUAACUAAAACUUUCCUAGACAACUACGCUUAUAUCUAGACUUUACGUUCAUGUCUGUGGGAAAAGUUUCACUUAUGCUCAUCCUAAGACUUAAUCAGCAACUGGUGUUCUGAUGAUCUAAUCAUGUAUAUCUCUGGGCAGUCUGUGCACAUGUGAAACGUACUCCUGUCUAUACUUCUUUGCAGUGCAUUACAAACCUUUAUUUUUUGUAUAUAAAAUACACAGUAGCAGUGUAUAAAGAUUGCUACCAAAUUAUAGUGAAUUUAGUUAGUAACUGUAGAAUGCUAUACAUAGUUUUGCUGUCUCUGAAUUUCAAUUCUUAGUGUUCACAGGUUUUUUUAAUUGUAUUCUACUAUAUCUAUGUGUUAAUGAUCUAAGUUAAAAUUGUUAUGCCCUCUUUAAAGUGUGAAAAGCUUGGCCUUUGUUCCCAAGAGAUUUUUUUCAUUCCUCAUUUAGUCUUUUGUAAUAAUUUGAGACCCCAAUCCUGCAAAAAUGUAUGCAUAUGUCUAACCUUAAACACAUGAGUAAUCUCAUUCAUUUCAAUGGAACCACUCCCAGGUUUACAGCUAGGCAUGGGCAUAAGUGUUUGUAAGAUUGGGGCCUGAGUAUAUUUUAGACUGAAACCUGGUGAACCUUUUAACAUGUAGGAUCAAAUUCUCUGCUUUUAUAAAUGGGUGAAACGGCACUAAGACCAGCAGAGAAUUUGUCCAACACUGCACAUGUUCUAAUGAUUAAAAUGCAGACAGAUAUUUCCAUCUAACAAUUUGUCCAGAUUCUUCUUCACACCACGUAAUCUAUUUUCAACCACACAAUCUUUUUUUCAUUUUGUAAGGCAACUUUUUUUCUCAGAUGAAGUAUAAUUUAACAUUUUAAAAAAAAUUGAGUGGGAUUCUUAAUGAGACUGACAUCUUAAAAAAAAAAAAAAAAAAAAAAGUUUCAACAAAAUACAAAAAUGCAUACCUAGCGGCAUGAGACAUGAUCUGGGGGGUGUGUGUGUGUGUGUGUGUGUGUGUCUCACACACACACCUACCUACCUACCUACCUAAUAUUGAUGUCCCCUCUGGCAGAAAGAGUGCCAGAGAACAGUUUGGACCACCUAAUACACUUUUUACUCUCUCCCUUUGCUGGCUGUUGUGUACUACUUCUGUGAUGUGACUGUUCACAUCUGUUAGCAGUAUUUUAGACCUUAAGAAAAACCAUUGCAAAGCAUGUACAUGAAUUCUUAUAUUAGAGGAAAAAAUAAAGAUACCUUUUUCUCAC